AUGCUUUCCCGAGCCCUACAAAAAGCAAACACUGCAGUUCAGUUAGACAAUGCGCAGAAUUUCGAAGGUGCACGCCAAGCUUAUGCCGAAGCAUGCGAACUACUGCACCAAGUAUUGGCGAGAACCUCCACGGAGGAAGACAAGAGAAAGCUCGAGGCGAUUCGCCGCACGUAUACAAGUCGAAUCGAGGAGCUGGAUCAGAUGGCUCCUAUCCAGGUACCGGAUGGGAAGGCUCUUCCUGCUAGACCCGAGAGCUUAGGUCUGCGACUCAACCCGACCCUCCAGUUUAACGACGACGACGAUGUGGACUACCUGGAGGAACCAGGCGGUCUCGAAACAGCGGCUCUUGCCAGGAUACUCAAAGAUGGAGGUCGAAAUUCACCUAGCUACGCGGGGCCUGGGUUGCCUAUAUCACGAAUGCAGGGCUUGGCUGAACCAGCAAGGAGCGGCUUAUCGAGGACACCAGAGCAAUAUACGCUGCAGUCUUCCUUCUCUCGCUCGCCGCUUCGAGAACGAAACUCGGACGAACAUCUUAUCUUCCAAAUACCCACGGAAGAUGCUACCAUGCCACCGCCACUCUCACCUCGCCGACCAGCUUCUCCGGAGUUAGAUGGGCGGGGUUCUCCUGAUGGACCCGUCAGGUCGGAUUUCUCCCUUUCCGCAACGCGAACUGGACAAGCCCCGAAACAUGUGCGAGAUUCGAGCCGCGAAUCCAAUUCCUGGUUGGAUCCGAUUGACGAGUCCGGUGGCUCAACUUCGUCUGUUCACUCCCGAUCAUCCUCUAUGAAUGUGCGGCGAAAGCACAUACGCGCUCCUAGUGGCGCUACCGAGGCUGAAUUCGAUGCAGCAUUAGAUGCGGCGGUCGAAGCAGCGUACGACGACGGUUAUGAGCCGAUGGAUCUAUCUGACACCGAAGCAUAUGCGUCAGAUGAUCAGGUCGUAGCGAAGGCACUGCGUAAGGUUGAGUUGGCCAAAGAACGCGUUCGUCAGACGGAAAGAGAAGUCUACGAGCAAGAAAGCGAAAGAGAGCGAAGAGUGCAAGGGCAGCAAAAACCUGACGGGGAUUUGAUACAUGAAGAUUUCUACGACGACGGAUCAUCGGACGAGGAGGAACGCAUUUUGGAGGAAAUGACUCGAGGAUAUUCUAUUGACGACUUUUCCUUCAACCAAGCACCUCGAUCAUCCGCAGCCAGGCACUCCGGCUCCAGUGAUGCCCAGCAAACGUGGCAGAUGCCUGGGACACACGGCACAAACGGCGAUGAUGUCUCCUCGUCACCGACGGAUGUCUUUCCCUCUUCGAACUUCCCUAGGGCCGGAAGCCCAGCUGCACCGCCUCCGGUGCAGUCUCUACCCGAGUUACCCUCUAAAACAUCUUUCUCAGGACCAGUGCCUGGGCCCGGCCAGACCGUGAGGAGCAGGAGAAUGUCAGGGCAAAACCCGAAGCAGCUCAAGAUUGAGACUAGCAAACUUUCGAAAUACGGAGACCCCGGGAGACGUUACAGCGUUGCCCAAUCAAUCGACAAUGAUCAAGGAGUUGACUUCGAUCGUCGAGACUCCAUUAUUUCCAACGACUUUAAUGGAGGCAUGCGCAGACCAUACUCCCCUCCUGAGGGGAUCAGCCCAACACAACCGGUACCCCCAACUCCUCCACCCGGGCAUCGGAGUCGAGACAGUGCAGACUUCAAUAGUCAUUCGGGCUCACCAUCCUUCCGGCCUACACUAAGAAAGAACUUCUCUUCCUCAAGCUUGAGGAGCAUGAAGAAUCGAAACAUGUCACUGUCGAAUUUGGAGGACGCUUCGGACAUGUCACCGGGUACACCAAUGAGCAAUGCCUUUGGCAUCAGUGGCAGGCAUCCGGCUAUGCCUGCCCUGCCGACCCCCUUGGCAGCAGCCUUCAGAGACAAGUUUACCUCAGGCUCUGCUGGUGGCUUAUACCUAUUCGACGAUACUUUGCACUCCCCGCAAAGUCCAGGCUCGCCAAAUUCGCUUCAGGUAGAUGCACCAGCACCAUUGGAACCGUGCCCAACAGAUUACAUGUUGCGGCCCUUCUGGCUAAUGCGCUGCUUGUAUCAAACGCUCGCCCAUCCCCGAGGAGGUUAUUUAAGCAACAAGCUAUUUGUUCCGCGGGAUGUGUGGAAGGUGAAGGGUGUAAAAAUCCGCAACGUGGAGGAUAAAGUAGCGACAUGCGACUAUCUCACGGCCGCUCUUCUCAAGCUAGCCAGAGUAGACACUUGCGAUGCUGAUGCCGUGCUUGAGGAGAUGCAGGCUUUAGAGGUCAUUCUGGAACAGGUUCAGGCCAGCUUGACCAGAAAGCUGGGGACAGAAGUCGGGGUGCAAAGCUCCAACGUGAUUUUCAGGGAUGCAUCGAACUCUGUCGAAAUUGAAGCGGCAAUCAACGUACCGCGUUCAGCGAGCGUGUCGGGCAAGUCGUCCUCAUUCUCGUGGCGCAGAUUAAGGUCCAAGGGGUCUGCGGCUGGGUUGAAUAGCUCCUACAACGCAAAGGGUACCGGACCCGACAGCGGCAAGGAGUCACCUGUACUGGAAACCCUGCCAAUGACAGAGAAUCCAACUAGCCGUCCGACCAAAAGAGAUCCAACCAGUGCCCAGUUUACUGGGCCAAAUUCCAACUACAUGGGAUCACUCGCACGGCUCUUCGAUGCCGCCCAGACGAUUGACCAAAUCGCUCGUCAAGUCGAGGAUCCGGGACUCAGACACGCGGACAAGACACAAGUUGGCCUGGAGCUUUCUCCAUGGUCGCGUAGUCUGGCUUCAUCAUGGAACCCGGUUCGCAGCCAGCCUUUUCAUUGUGCCACCGCCCACCUCGCCAAGCCUGCGCCGCCAUCUCGUGCCGCGCAGGCUCUAGAAGAACGAAUUCUCUCUAUACCAAUCGAGCGGUACCGCAACUUCUGCAUUGUGGCCCAUAUCGACCACGGGAAGAGUACCCUUAGUGACCGUUUGCUCGAAAUCACAGGCACCAUCUCUGCCAGUGAUGCUAAUAAGCAGAUAUUGGAUAAACUCGAUGUGGAACGUGAGCGAGGGAUCACCGUCAAGGCCCAGACUUGUACCAUGAUAUACAACUAUAAAGAAGAGGAUUAUCUGCUACAUCUCGUUGAUACACCUGGGCAUGUGGACUUUCGCGCCGAGGUGACGCGAUCCUACGCCAGUUGUGGUGGUGCUCUGCUGCUUGUUGAUGCAAGCCAGGGCAUCCAGGCACAAACAGUAUCCAAUUUCCAUCUGGCUUUCGCGCAGGAUCUCGCCUUAAUUCCCGUUGUCAACAAAAUCGAUAUGCCGUCCGCCGACGUUUCUAGAGUUCUCGAUCAAAUGCAUACUUCAUUCGAAUUAGACCCUUCUUCGGCGGUUCUGGUGUCGGCGAAGACUGGCAAGAAUGUGCCAAAUAUUUUACCUGCCGUUGUGGAACAAAUACCGCAUCCAGUGGGCGAUACUUCAAAACCACUUCGCAUGUUGCUUGUGGAUUCUUGGUACGACAAUUUCAGGGGCGUCAUACUUUUGGUUCGUGUAUUCGAUGGCCAGGUUAAAGCUGGCGACAACCUCAUCUCCUUUGCCACCGGGCAAAAGUACACUGUUGGCGAAGUCGGUAUUCAGUAUCCAAAUGCCGUCCCGCAAAGUGUUCUCCGCGCCGGCCAAGUUGGCUACAUACACUUCAACCCAGGUAUGAAGCGUAUCCAGGACGCCAAGUUGGGUGAUACUUUCACCACAACCGGGUCAGAGGCUGUUGUCGAGCCAUAUCCUGGCUUUGAAGAGCCGAAACCAAUGGUCUUCGUGGCUGCGUUUCCCACUGACCAGAGCGACUAUACUCGUCUCGCUGACAGCAUCAGUCAGUUAGUGCUCAAUGACAGGAGUGUAACAUUGCAGAAAGACUAUUCUGAGGCUCUUGGUGCGGGCUGGCGCUUGGGGUUCCUUGGUAGCUUACAUUGCUCUGUCUUCCAGGAUCGUUUGAAGCAAGAGCAUGGCGCUAGCAUCAUCAUUACAGACCCGACUGUACCAACCAAAGUCGGGUGGGCCGACGGGUCUGAGACGAUAUAUCAGAAUCCGGCUGAGUUCCCCAGUCAAGACGAGCACCGAAUGCGCGGCGCAACAGCAUACGAACCGUUUGUGACUGCCACGAUUACUCUUCCCGAGGAGUACCUCGGUCGUGUCAUAGAAUUGUGUGAAAGUCAGCGUGGCGAGCAGAAAAGCCUUGAGUUUUUUCACACGACGCAGGUUAUCCUCAAGUAUGACAUCCCUGCAGCCCAGCUUGUCGACGACUUGUUUGGCAAGCUCAAGGGCGUCACGAAAGGCUAUGCGAGCUUGGACUAUGAAGAGGCUGGAUGGAGGGCGAGUCAGCUCACCAAAUUGCAGCUUCUGGUCAACAAACAGCCCGUGGAUGCUAUCUGCCGGGUGAUUCAUACCUCUCAGGCUGAGCGUCUUGGUCGGCAGUGGGUCACCAAGUUCAAAGAACAUGUCGACCGCCAAAUGUUUGAGGUCGUCAUUCAAGCUGUUGCCGGUAGGCGGAUUGUCGCUCGCGAGACCAUCAAGCCAUUCCGGAAGGACGUGCUUGCGAAACUACACGCCAGCGAUAUCACUCGUCGGAAGAAACUGUUAGAGAAGCAGAAGGCGGGACGCAAGCGCCUUCGCGCAGUUGGCAAUGUCAUCAUUGACCAGUCUGCUUUCCAGAGUUUUCUUGCCAGGUGA